AAAAGCAAAAGCCUGCUGUUUCCAUAUACAAAUUGUUUGCUGCUCCAUCGUAUGUCUCAUUGUCUUUAAUUUCUCUUUCUGCUCCACCUGUGUCACCACAGCAGAAGAAUUUGGGUUUGUUUCUGAGGAUUCAUAUGUGCAGGGUUAGGGAGGGACAUAAAUACAGUUCUAUCUCACAUGCUUGGUAUAUUUUUCUACUGAUGCUCAAAUUCUCAAUUUUUGUUCACAGUAGAAUCGCCAAGGGGACAGAGGCAGACAUGGUCUGGAGAGAGACAGGAGAUUCUGCCAUGAUAUGCAUUGCCUUUUUAGCUGUUGGAUGUUUAAAGAAAGCACAUACACUGCAGUGGUCGACAUCCUGAGCUUACGAAAAUGAUCACUGACAUAGGAUUAAAAAACAACAACAAAAAAAGGCCAAAUAGUCCCUAGACAGCCAGUCCCUACAGUCUUUGUGUAACUAUUACUAGAUUUACCCUGGGAAGGAUAUGGAGUUUGGUGGUACCAGAAAUCGUGUGCAAUGACUUCUCAGAGAGUGUAUUCCUGCAUUAGUCCCCAUACUGUAUCUCCAAAGUCCAGGAAAUUCAACCACCCUCACAAACUGCUCUGAGGUGCUCAUUUCCUUAUCUUCCUUCAAUUUUUGAAGCUGUUUCUUCUGACUCAGCAAUAAAUAGCAGAUAUUCAGAUAUCGCUGCAUAUUCAGAUAUUUGGUAUGGAAGUCAUGUUUUCUGAUUGGGAAGGGGACAACCAGUAAAUCCUCCCAGCACACCCAGAUUGCAUCUUGCAUUUAAAAUCAUUAAAAUCUGAAUUAUACAGAGGCUAUGCAGCACUAGGGGUAAGUACAUUGGCCUUUCAUGUCUUAUUAUGUUGUUAAUUAGUUAAUGUUUGUAAAGCACUUUGAAGAUGAAAAGCCCUAUAUAAGUUCUAAGUGUUAUUAUCUCUAGAGACCUGGGUUCAAUUCAAAGGUGCCUAAUUACAUAUGCCAUAAAUUAGACUUAAUGAGUUGUGGAAUCAUGUGCUUUCUGUGAUGCGUGCAGGUUUCUCAGAUAGACCUUGGUCCUAUAGCCUGCUGCUGUGCUUCUUUAGGUACACAGAGCUGUUAUGAAAAAUAACGCCAAAGAGAGCAGAAAUUUUCUAGUAACAACAAGGUUAUAGUUCAGUUCAGUUUAGAACUUAGUGAAGGAAAUAACCAGGAGCUUUGCUCUGCUGUAUCUAGGGCUUUUCCAGUAACCAAUUUCAAACUGCUGAAGUUAGCGUGAUUGUUUUCAGGCUAUGGUGCAGACAGAAUUCUAAUUCUUACUUUAGCUCCAUAUCUGGGCUUACCACAGAGGAGCUGAGCAGUAUGAGCAUGACUGCUGUCCUAAUAAUGCCCUGAGAUGUACCAUCAGGGCUGGAGACGUUUCGGUGUUGGGUAACAUUCACAUGCAAAAGAAAAAGUUCCCAUCUGUAGAGAUACUAUCAUUGAAUUUACAGCAAGCCCUUACAAGUGAGUAAAGUGCAAAAGGGGGAAGUAGCAGUUAUAGGAAAAUGUGGUUUCAUUGGCUUUGCAGAGCUGAGAGUUUCUGUGUUAUGUAACUUACAUAUUCUGUGGCGAAAAAGCUACAAAAUUGGCCCCACUCAGGGCAGCUAUCCAGCAGUGAGAGCAGAGAGGUUCUCCUGGUUCCUUCUGAAUGAACAGAGUUCAGAGACACAGAAAACCAGUAGGAUCAUUCACUUGACCCAAAGCGGUUCCCCUGUGUUCUUGCAGCAGAACAUUUUAUCUUGGACCCUCUGCAUGCUUAAAGGGAGAGGCAGGGUUUAUUCGAUGUACAAAUAUGUUAGAAGUGAUUGUGUUCAUUAGUACAACCUAAGUAGAUUGGAAAAACCAAUUAAUAGCAAUUUACUAUAAGUGUCGCUAACUGACUUCUUGAAAGUAUUUAUCCUGAAAUGAAAGUCAUUUGAUUUAGUUAAUGUUUGUUAUAUAUGCAGAUCUUCCGGGGAAAAUGUAUUUUUGAGUACUCCAGACAAUUGAAACUAGUGAGCACGCUGUCUGGAGAAAGCAUCUGUAACCGCAGCCAAAAGAGGAACAAGAUUUCCGACAUUGUUUCAAGACAUGUGUUUGAAGCAUGGGUUCCCAUCACUUUCGGAGCCAUCACACCUCACUGAAGGCUUCCCUGCUUUAAUGAGCAACUCAGAAACCACAGAGACUGGAGGAUGGAAGUCGUUGGAUGUUGUUGUGUUUGAAAACAGCUCCAUAGCAUUCAUAAGAGGAUUCUUGGCACCUGCCUAGUUAAACUGGAUGUCCAAUGUUAUCUCUCCAGGCAAAAUUUUAUAAAUCCUUGGACUGUUGCUGCUGCUCCUUUGACAUGGCUCAUCAUCAGAAUACCAGCUCCACUGGCAGCUACACAGAUAAUGUUAAAAGUAUCCUGCCAAGCUGUUUUGUUCAGAUGGAGUUCUUCAUUUUCACUACUCCUCAUGUUUAGCCUGGAAAUAAAAGCUGACAGGCUGGAUGCAGUGCUGAUGUUGAUGGGGAGGUGUUUGGCUGCACCACCACUGCACCAGAGGUGACACCUCUGAAAUAUCCCCAAAUGGCAGGGUCCGUGGGCAAACAGGAGCUCAGAGCACUGAGGUACCUCCAAGCAGUUUGGCCCCAGUCCUUUGCCCUGCAGCUCCAUCACCAAGGACUCACCUGCCUACAUGGAGGCUGGUUUGGCACUCAGAGAACUUCUGGGUGCCAGCAGACAGGAGCAAGCUCAGAUUAGCUUCGUGACUGUGUAGCCAGCUAGACUUCAGAAGGCUGCUUUACUGCAUGCAAAUAAAUGUGAAACCCCUUUUGAGAUGGUACUGCAAGCUCGGUGAAUGACCGUAACACAGAAUACCUAACUCAGAGUGAGAUUCAAGAAACAGUUUGUACAGCCAUGCCAACAGCCCAAGCUUACCAUGUAAGGUCUUCUCUGCCCCGCGGGCUGGGCUGGACAAACACAGCAGUCGCCUACAGCCGGAGCGGGGUGCUGCUGGCAGAGGAAUGCGGCCAUCCAGUGUAAAAAGAGAGCAGAAAGAACGGACAGGAGGAGAAAAAGGCAAAGAAGGGAAGAGAGGGACAAGUGGUGCUGCGGAGGAGCAGGUAUCGCAGCACGGAGCGUGGCCGGGCUGCUGUGUGCCCCGGGCUGCGGGCGGAGUGCUCAUCUCAAUGAACUGGAGAUCGAUCCCCUCCGCGGGUGCCUUCCAGCCGGGCUGAUUUGCAUCGAAGCGCAUUAGCAAACCUCUCACCUCCAUUAAAGAGAAUAAUCCGAGUUGCCUUAUAAUUACCAGCCCGGCCGGCUUUUCCCUGCCACGAAACGAAGCUGAUGUUUGAGCCAGCAUGUCGCGGAGGAAGCAGGCGAAGCCUCAGCAUUUCCAAUCCGACCCCGAUCUGGCCUCGUUAUCCCAGCGAAAUGGAGACACAGAAAAGGGUCAAGGAAAUCGAACCACUAAGAAUAAGGAUGCCCAUGUCUGUGGCAGGUGCUGUGCUGAGUUCUUUGAAUUAUCAGAUCUCCUGCAACACAAGAAGAACUGUACUAAAAAUCAAUUAGUUUUAAUUGUGAAUGAAAAUCCAGCUUCUCCUCCUGAAACCUUCCCUCCUAGUUCCCCGUCUGAUAAUCCUGAUGAACAGAUGAAUGACACAGUUAAUAACACAGAUCAAGUAGACUGCAGUGACCUUUCAGAGCAUAACAAACUUGACAAGGAAGAAUCCAUGGAUGUGGAGGCUUCCAGCAUUAACAAUAGCAGUAGCAGUUCCAAGAGUGUCAACAAUAGUAUUACAAGCAGUAACAGCUCCACAAUGGGUACCUCAGCUGUAACAACCUCUCUACCUCACAUAGGGGAUCUGACGACGUUAGGCAACUUCUCAGUAAUAAACAGUAACGUAAUAAUUGAAAAUCUUCAGAGUACUAAAGUGGCAGUAGCACAGUUCUCGCAGGAAGCAAGGUGUAACGGUGCGUCGAACAACAAGCUUGCUGUACCUGCCCUGAUGGAGCAACUGUUGGCUUUACAGCAGCAGCAGAUCCACCAGUUGCAACUGAUUGAACAAAUUCGUCACCAAAUAUUAUUGUUGGCUUCCCAAAAUACGGACAUGCCAACAUCUUCUAGCCCGUCUCAAGGUACUUUACGAACAUCUGCCAACCCCUUGUCCACGUUAAGUUCCCAUUUAUCCCAGCAGCUGGCUGCAGCAGCUGGAUUAGCACAAAGCCUUGCUAGUCAAUCUGCCAGCAUCAGUGGUGUGAAACAGCUACCCCCUAUACAGCUACCUCAGAGCAACCCUGGCAGCACUCUAAUUCCAUCCAGCAGUGGCUCUUCUCCAAAUAUUAACAUACUGGCAGCAGCAGUUACAACACCGUCCUCAGAAAAAGUGGCUUCGAGUAUUGGUGGCUCACAGCUCAGCAACCCACCAGUAUCAGCAUCAUCUUCACCAGCUUUUGCAAUAAGCAGUUUAUUAAGUCCUGCAUCUAAUCCACUUCUACCUCAGCCCACCCCUAGUAACUCUAUUUUCUCCAGCCCCUUGUCCAAUAUCGGAACACCUGCAGAGGAUUUAAACUCCUUGACUGCCUUGGCACAGCAAAGAAAAAGCAAGCCACCAAAUGUAACUGCUUUUGAAGCAAAAAGUAAUUCAGACGAGGCGUUCUUUAAGCAUAAAUGCAGGUUCUGUGCUAAAGUGUUUGGGAGUGACAGUGCCUUGCAGAUUCAUUUACGUUCUCACACUGGCGAGAGGCCAUUUAAAUGCAACAUAUGUGGAAACAGGUUCUCCACAAAGGGAAAUUUAAAAGUCCACUUUCAGCGGCAUAAAGAAAAAUACCCUCACAUUCAGAUGAAUCCAUACCCAGUGCCAGAGCAUUUGGACAAUAUUCCUACGAGCACGGGUAUUCCUUAUGGGAUGUCUAUACCGCCAGAGAAGCCUGUCACCAGCUGGCUGGACAGCAAGCCAGUCCUCUCCACGCUCACCACUUCUGUGGGGCUGCCACUCCCGCCGACGAUACCAAGCUUGACCCCAUUCAUCAAAACUGAGGAGCCUCAGCCAAUUCCCAUUAGCCAUCCCUCUGCCAGCCCUCCCUGCUCUGUCAAGAGUGACUCGGGAACCGCUGACCCCACAUCAAAAAUUUCCAAUGGACUUUCUGAUGAGGUAGAGGCUGGUGCUUUGCCUACCUCAAACGGCAAAAUGGAAGAAAACCCUCAAAAUUCAAACUCCGUUGCUAACAUGAGCAGCUCUGUAAGUUCACCGGCAGCAGACUCAGGCUCUGGCAGCAUCGCCACUUUUACAAAUCCACUGAUGCCUCUAAUGUCAGAGCAAUUCAAGGCAAAGUUUCCAUUUGGAGGACUGUUGGAUUCGACGCCAGCGUCUGAAACGUCAAAACUGCAGCAACUGGUAGAAAACAUCGACAAAAAGGCAACCGAUCCCAACGAGUGUAUCAUUUGCCACCGAGUUCUCAGUUGCCAGAGCGCACUGAAAAUGCAUUAUCGCACCCAUACCGGUGAGCGGCCAUUUAAAUGUAAAAUCUGUGGACGCGCUUUCACUACUAAAGGCAACUUAAAGACUCAUUACAGCGUCCACCGUGCCAUGCCCCCCCUGAGAGUACAACAUUCAUGCCCGAUCUGCCAGAAGAAAUUCACCAAUGCCGUUGUGCUUCAGCAGCACAUCCGGAUGCACAUGGGAGGGCAGAUCCCAAACACCCCGGUCACUGAAAACUAUCCCGAGUCAAUGGAAUCUGAUACGGGAUCUUUUGAUGAUAAGAAUUUUGAUGAUUUAGACAACUUCUCAGAUGAGAACAUGGAAGACUGUCCUGACAGCAGCGUGCCAGAUACUCCAAAAUCUGCAGAUGCAUCACAAGACAGCUUGUCUUCUUCCCCUCUGCCCCUGGAAAUGUCAAGUAUUGCUGCUUUGGAGAAUCAGAUGAAGAUGAUCAAUGCAGGACUUGCGGAACAACUUCAGGCAAGCUUGAAGUCAGUAGAAAAUGGGUCAGUGGAAGGGGAUGUUUUGACUAACGAUUCGUCGUCUGUUGGUGGUGACAUGGAAAGCCAAAGUGCUGGAAGCCCUGCUGUCUCGGAGUCUACCUCUUCCAUGCAGGCCUUGUCCCCAUCCAACAGCACUAAUGAUUACCACAAGUCACCAAGUAUCGAAGAGAAACCAGUAAGAGCUUUACCAAGUGAGUUUGCCAAUGGUUUGUCUCCAACCCCUGCAAACAGUGGUGCUUUGGACUUGACAUCUAGUAACACUGAUAAAAUGAUUAAAGAAGAGUCUCUGAGUAUGCUCUUUCCUUUCAGAGAUAGAGGUAAAUUUAAAAACACCGCAUGUGACAUUUGUGGCAAAACAUUCGCUUGUCAGAGUGCCUUGGACAUUCAUUACAGAAGUCAUACCAAAGAGAGACCAUUUAUUUGCACAGUUUGCAAUCGUGGCUUUUCCACAAAGGGUAAUUUGAAGCAACAUAUGUUGACACAUCAAAUGCGAGAUCUACCAUCACAACUUUUUGAGCCCAAUUCCAGUAUCGGUCCUAAUCCGAACUCUUCGGUUAUGCCUGCUAAUUCACUGUCAUCGCUCAUAAAGACCGAGGUUAACGGCUUCGUGCACAGCUCCCCUCAGGACGGCAAAGAAACACCCUCUGCUCUGGCUGCUUCGGGGCCGCUGUCCUCUGCCACGUCCCCUGUCCUGCUGCCUGCUCUCCCCAGAAGAACCCCCAAACAGCACUACUGCAACACGUGUGGGAAAACGUUUUCCUCCUCCAGCGCUCUGCAGAUCCACGAAAGGACGCACACUGGUGAGAAACCUUUUGCCUGCACUAUAUGUGGAAGAGCAUUCACAACAAAAGGCAAUCUGAAGGUUCACAUGGGCACUCACAUGUGGAACAGCACUCCCGCAAGGCGAGGCAGACGGCUUUCCGUCGAUGGCCCCAUGACGUUCCUAGGAGGCAAUCCUGUGAAGUUCCCGGAAAUGUUCCAGAAGGAUUUGGCUGCACGGUCAGGGAACGGAGACCCGUCCAGCUUCUGGAACCAGUACGCAGCAGCGCUCUCCAAUGGCUUGGCCAUGAAGACCAACGAGAUCUCCGUCAUCCAGAACGGCGGCAUCCCUCCGCCGCCGGGGGGCCUGGGCAAUGGGGGCAGCUCGCCCAUCAGUGGCCUGACGGGCAGCCUGGAGAAGCUCCCGAGUUCGGAACCCAACGCACCUCUAGCUGGUCUGGAGAAAAUGGCAAGCAAUGAGAACGGGACAAACUUCCGCUUUACGCGUUUCGUGGAAGACAACAAAGAAAUUGUAACAAAUUAGUAAAAACUAUACGUAACAUUCCUGCAAAUAGUGCAACCUAGGGUUGCUUUUUUCAAACUGCAAGCUACAACAUUACAGAGACUUUCUUUUUUUUUUUUUUGUACCAUGUUCUACUUCUAGAGUUCUAAGAGAGCUUAUUUAUUAGCGAUAUAACCUUGCUUUGCAAACAAAUGCAAGCAUUAACUUUGGUCUCCUGUAUUUUGAACUAAAUACUAAUCGACUAGAGUGCUGUAAAGUUGCUGUAACAUUUAUGGCAGUUGCGAGUCUGUUCUGCUAGGUGAUCUUAUUCUGGCAUUAACUUAUUUUCUAUACCCAGUUUAACAUGAACUCUGGUAUUGAUGCAAUGCCUCAGUGAUGCAUUAGAUCUCUAAUAAAAGUCUGUAUAUAAAUGUACACUUUGAUCCUGCUGGAAAUUUUAUCAGCAAAACACAUUGUUUAAUUUUUCCAAACAGAAUUAAGAAAAGGACUGAAAGGAUAUAGACUGAACAGUGUGGGUCCUUUACACAGCUCAGUUUUUGAUUUUUAUUAUAAAAUUAAAACUGCUUUAAUUUUUGUAGGUUUAACAUUUUCCGUUUUGAACUGUUAUUUGUAUUGUGCUUUUUACUUGAGUCGUCUUAAAUGUUAAUACAUUUCUGUACAGUAAUAAGCACGCAGAUUAUUAGAGGAGAUACUGAAGUGUUGUUUUGGUAGUUGAAACUGAGACGUAACAUUUUGCCUUGUAGGUAUAUCCAUUAUAGAAGAUGUGCUGGACUUUCACAAUGCUGCUAAGUAUAGCAUCUUGAACAACUCUCGUGGACAACUGUAGAUGCUCCUGUAUAUACAAUAAGACAUCACUUUCAUUAAAAUGUAUAUACGUUCCUUACAAGACCAAGCCCUACUCCUUGACUAAGGGAACAAGUAUAGUGUCUGUUUAUUUUGUAUUAGGUAUGGGGGCAGGGGGAACCUUGGACUGUUACAUGCACUUUCUCGGAAAGUUGAAAGGAAAAAAGAGGUCCAGUUUCUUUAACAUUUAAUACUUACUAACAGCAGAGAUACUGUAAUUUUACUCGAGUAAUCAAAUACAUUUUUGCAACAGAUAAAAAUUGCUGUCUCUGUGUUUUUAAAGUGUACCUGUAUUUGGUAAUCAUUUUGAAUGUAUUACUUAGCCUUUCCCUCGGUUAACACGAA